GAAUUUGAUAUGUUUGGCACUUGUAUGCACCCACUUUCUGUUUAUACUAUCAACGCCCCAAAAAUUAUUGAUUUAUAGUGGUGAAAUAGCAAGCCAUAAUGUCCUAUAUGUAUUAUAUAAAUAGAUGAAAUUGACACAAUCAACAAUGAACACUUGAUUAUAAAUUCAAAAGCAGCUGACACUUUUAUCCACCCGCUCAUUUUUUUUAUCUUAUCACUGCCCCAAAAACUAUUGAAUUAUUAGUGUGAAAUAGUAAACCAAAAUGUCUGUAUUUGGUAUAUAAAUAACAUAAUUAGACACAACAGCUCAGUUAAUUCAGCGCCGUGAUUUAGAAUAGUUCAAAAUGAGUCUAGUUGGUAAAGUUGUAAUUGUAACCGGAUCAAGUUCCGGCAUCGGUGCCGCCACAGCUGAGGCCUUUGCCAAGCAGGGUUCCAAAGUAGUGAUCACAGGACGAAAUGAAGCAAAUCUGAAAGCUACUGAGAAAGCCUGUAAAGCAGCGAACAGCAAAGUGGAACUAUUAUUAAUUACCGCUGAUGUAACAACAGACGCUGAGAAGAUUAUCAAAACAACAAUUGACAAGUUCGGACAGUUGGAUGUGUUGGUGAAUAAUGCCGGUUAUGGUGAAGUGGGUUCAAUUCUGGAUAUUGAUGUCGAUCAAUUUGAUCGCGUUUUAAAUACAAAUUUGCGUUCAGUCUUCCUGCUGACUAAAUACGCCGCACCAUAUCUCGUGAAGACCCAAGGUAAUAUCGUGAAUGUCUCCAGUGUCGGCGGAUUGCGCUCAUUUCCAGGUGUUUCGGUCUACUGCACCUCCAAAGCGGCACUGGAUCAAUUCAGCAGAUGUAUCGCCUUGGAUUUGGCGCCGAAAAAUGUACGUGUGAAUGUCGUAAAUCCAGGUUUGAUUGUCACAUCAUUCCAUAAGCGUCUUGGCAUGUCGCCGGAAGAAUAUGCUAAACAUUUGGAGCAUUCGAAGUCUACACAUGCAUUGGGUCGCGUCGGCCAAGCCAAGGAAGUGGCCGAUGCCAUUAUUUUCCUUGCAAGUGACAAUUCGAGCUUUAUAACGGGCGCAACUCUGCCGAUCGAUGGUGGCAAACACGCCAUGUGCCCGCGUUAAUAUUUCCUUCAAAUGUAAUUUAGUACUUUUAAGCAUAUAUGUAUAUAUAAAUUUAAAAAAAUUAAACGUUCAUGUUAAAAAAAAAAA